AGCUCACCCCGUCGUGGGGAUUCGAACCGCCGACCUUCUGAUCGGCAAGUCCUAGGCUCUGUGGUUUAACCCAAAGAGAAGAGAGCUAAAUCUGCUUUAAGUUUUCUUCCUCUGAUUUACCUUGUUUUGCUCUGAUAAUGUGUUCACGUCCUGUAAAUUGCAGAAACCAUCCUGUGCGCUAGCCAUAUCUGCCCCCUGCCCCGGGAGCCUCGAAGUUACGCAGCAGAGCUUAAGCCUGCCCCACACAAAGGAGGCCUCAUCCUGUUCUCAGCUCUGACACCCACAUCAUGAAUGGACAGGCACCCUUUGCACAUCAUGUGCUUGGCUGGGUUUCCUGUGGAGGCUCCUUCUGACUUGCAUUUUUCUCCGGGGACCUCUCAGAGCAGCCCUGGCAGAUGCUGCCCGUUGUGCCCUGCCAGUGGCACCAGAGCCCUUUGUGCAAGGCCAGUUCCAGGGACUAUAGCACUAAAGAGAUCUGUGUUGGUGAGAAUGAAUGCUGGGGCAAAGGCCUGUCGGUGGGACAAUGGCGCUCUUUGGAAGAACUGCCUUGGUGGGUGUGGCAGAGAGCUGGCUGGCUUGUCCUUGCCAACUUCUCUUUCAGCCAGGGUAGAUGGGGAGGGGAAGGGGUCACGAACACGACAACAGUGAUGAAACAGGAGCAGCUGUUCCCCAAAAUCUUUUGUAACUUAUCAAUGAAUCCCUUUCCCCUCCCCUGUUUUACUUGCCUACAUAAAUUGCAAGCUCUAUGAACACGAUGGGGCUGCCCCAGUGCGGUGCCCAGUGCUCCACAACUGGGGGCUACUUAAAUCUCACGCAGUUUCCUCCCUUCUGUCCUAGGGAGUCUCUUGUAGCUGAACUCAUUCUUCUUCAGACUAAAUUCUGGUUAACAACUGUGUUUUAGCUGAUAAAAGGGGGGAGCUCAAAAUGUACACAGGGUGUGGGGUUGUGCCAAUCUUGGACAUAGUCUGGAUCCAGAACAAGCAUAAUAAAACUGUCUCUUCAAUAGAGAUGGAAGGUUCUGUCAAUGUUAGUUCUCUCAAUUUCUCUUUAUUCCAGUCAUGAAUUCAGUUCUCCACAUUGCUGCAGCAAUUUGUAAAAAGUCUUGAGUAUUUUAGUGUGGAUUUCUUGGAAUAAACACAAAUCCUCCUAAUGCAGUGCAUUGUUUUCAUGGAUAUAUCCAUUUUUAUGCACUUUCCCCUGGUACAUGCAUGCACUGCAUACAUUUUUGUAAACAUUCUUUAGUGAACUACAUUGCAGAAUUGGGAUAAGAGAAAAUUUUGAUGGAGGGCUGCAUUUCGGUUCUCAUGUUGUUUCGGAAAGUGCUGGAUUCAGCUUCAAAUGCAAACUGAAUGGCAUUUAUCCCCCACCCCCUACAUCUCCAGCAUCAUUCCUCCCCCUCCCACAUUGUCCUCUUAUUGCUGAUGUUUGGGAGCUCAAACUCCCGGCUGCCUUGUGCACGAAAUGCCUACUGGCUUGCCCUGAUGACAUGCACAAAUAGCGGCUUAAAAGUAAGCCUGCCUUAUUAGGUUCUAUUAUAAGGGCCUCUAAUCUGCUGCGAGAAUGUAAAGCCUUUUCCGAAAGGGGCUGUCCGACCAGCCCUCUGAAGUGGCUCUCCCUUUCUUUGCUCUGCUGUGCCUGGCUGCCCAGAGGUGCUUUCCUGCUUGCCUUUGCCUUCCUCCGUUCCUCUCCCUGCUCACUGUACCUGUUUGAUCACCACAGUGAGAGUGGGUAGGACACCAAGCUCUCUGACAGACCCUGACCCACAAUGGCACUCCCAAACUCAGAUAAGCACACCUUAGUUGUGGUUCCUUAAUGGUGAGGGACUCUACAGGUAUACAUGCUCAGGAUCACCAUGUUUGUGUUUGCUGUGUUCUGAGGCUUGCGACUAUUUCUAGGGCACACCCUCAGACAUUGUAGGGGAGAAUACCAGGUCUCAGUCAAUUGCACCAGAAAGAGAUUGUGAAAACAAUUGUGGGUUUGGGGUACCUGCCUGCUCUCUGUGUGGCUUGUGGCUCUGUCUGCAGACUCAACUCCAGAUUGAACACAAGGGCCACAUGCCUCUUUUUCUGGGUCUGCCCCACCAAGCACCCAAGAAGAUGCUGUUUUGACAUGGUCAGAGGGAGAAAAGGAGAGCUGUGUUGCCCGAACGGUGAACUUUGGGUCUUAAGCAGGGCAGGCUGACCCGGGCAAGCCGUGCUGUGUUGAAGCACUGGGUCAUUAGGGCACAUGUAAACUCAUCGUGAGCAGCAGUGCCAAGCCUUGCAGCUUGUGCUGUGAUUGUCUCCAGUGUUGGUGCAUCCCCCACUUGUGAUGUCAAGAGACCCCCGCAGACAAAGAUUUGACAGAGGAAAUGUGGCUUCAAGCAUUUCAUAGUUUCUAGUGAGUCAAACCUCCUACAGUGCAGGAUUCACAACAAAAGCAUCCCUGACAGAUGGCCAUCCAACCCUCCAGUGAAGGAUCGUCCACCAACUUCUGAGGGAGUCAGUUCCACUGCUGGACAGCGCUUACUGUCGGAAAGUUCUUCUUAAUUCUUAGGAAGGGAUCUCCUUUCUUGUGAUUUGAAUCCGUGGGUUCAGGGCCUACCCUCUGGAGCAGCAGAAAACAAGCUUGCUUCUUUCUUCCUCUCUGGUUUCUCAGCCUGCAGAGCUUCCCUGCCUGCUUGCAAACAGCUCAGACCCCAGCCAGUGUGCCCCAUGGCCAGGGAUGAUGGGAGUUGGAGUCCAACAACAUCUGGAGGGACCCAGGGGUUGCUCACCCCAGCAUUAGACCAUAGGUGUACCAAGGCCUGGACAUCAUCACCAACAAAGCCUCUCCUCAGGAGCAGCGGCUGUGCAGGCAUCACAUGAUCAGCUUUGUGGACCCCUUGGUCACCAACUACACCGUGAUAGACUUCCGCAACAAGGCCACGGCCCUCAUUGAAGACAUCUUCGCUUGCAAGAAGAUCCCCAUUGUGGUUGGAGGGACCAACUAUUACAUCGAGUCCCUGCUCUGGAAGAUUCUGAUUGACACCAAGGAGGUGGCCAGGAGUUCAGGCUCCGCAGAGGGGACUAUGGAUCGGAAAAUGGAGCUGGAGAAACUGGAUGGCGAAGAGCUCCAUCGCCGACUGAGCCAGGUGGACCCCAGAAUGGCAGCCAAACUGCACCCCCAUGAUAAGCGCAAGAUGGCCAGGAGUUUGCAAGUGUUUGAAAAAACGGGCAUCCCCCACAGCGAGCUACUGCAGCAGCAGCAGCAGGAAGAAGGGGGAGGGCCGCUGAGCGGCCCCCUGAAGUACCCCAACCCUUGCAUCCUCUGGCUACAUGCAGAGCAGGCAGUUCUAGAAGAACGGCUGGACCAGCGGGUGGAUGCGAUGCUGGAGGCUGGGCUGCUGGGAGAGCUGCGGAACUUCCACCAGCGAUAUAACCAGGAGAGGGUAGAUGAGAACAGCCAGGAUUAUCAGCACGGCAUUUUCCAGUCCAUCGGCUUCAAGGAAUUCCACCAGUUCCUGAUUGCAGAGGGCAAGUGCUCAGAUGAGAUGAGCCAGCAGCUCCUGAACCAAGGAAUCCAGGCCCUGAAGAUAGUGACCAAAAGGUACGCCCGGAAGCAGAACAAAUGGGUCCGGAACCGCUUCCUGAGACGGCCCGGCCCAAACGUGCCCCCUGUUUAUGGCUUGGAAGUCUCGGAUCUCUCUCAGUGGGAGGAGAAAGUGCUGGAACCUGCCGUGCAGAUCGUGGAGAGCUUUGUCCAGGGGCGGCAGCCACCGGCCGAGCCCAUCACGAUGGCAGACGAGGCAGGGGAAGCCCAGGAGGGCAAGCGGAGGCGGCACAUGUGUGAGCUGUGCAGCAGAGUCAUCAUCGGGGACAGAGAGUGGAAAGAGCACAUAAAAUCCAAAGGCCACCGUUUCCACCAGAAGCAGCAGCAACAGCAGCAGCGACACUUGACCUCAGAUCCCCUUUCCACAAAGCGCCAUGAAGAAAGUGCCAUGACUGGUGGGAACGAGAGAGAGGAGGAGAAGGACGGGAGUGUGGAAGCCUGUGAAAUGUAGACUCCAUCUUUGGGAGGAAGGUUGUCGGUGGGAACGCUGGCCCGGGAGGCAGGAUCCUACCCUCACCAAGGAUCUCUCAUCUAAAAAAUGCUGAAUCACCUUUCUCCAGAGAUGCAAAUAAUCGAGUUGAUCCAGGCAUGAAUGCCAGCGUGCUGCUCUACCUCCUGACUAUUUUUUUAUUUAUAUAAAAAGAUAAAGGCUAUAUUUUUAAACAUUCCAAUACAGUGACUUUUUAUUAUUGGACCAGCGUGUCUGCAAAGAUCCACUGAGCAUCCUCUUGGGGAAUAGAGGAAGAAGACAUGCGAGGAAACUGUCUGCUGCAAAACAUCCCCAAUCAUUUUAAGCUGCUUCACCUUCUUAGAUUUUGUUCCAUCUGUUUUUAACAGGGAAAUGUCACCAUAAGGCAAGGUUCCCCAGUAACUUGGGGGUUGCUGCUAACCUGUUUUCCCUUCAGAUGUAGCUUGACUCCAGCACCCAUCAUCCUUGACCAUUGGCCAUGCAGGUUGCAGCUCAUGGGAGUUGUAGUCCAACAACAUUUGGAGGACACCAGGUUGGCAAAGGCUGACUUAAAGGGUUUGAAUGUGCCCCCAUGAACUGAAACAAAUACAAGCAUAGCUACAAGCUGUAGUCAGUGUGUAUUUCUCAUUUAGUUGUAUCUUUUUGUAGCAUUGCAUGUGGGAACAGCUUUCCUAAGUAACUACAAAAUACUUUUUUGGUGGGGAGGGGACCAUCACCUUCCUCUGUUCAUCUCCUCAUGCAAGUUGAACAUAUAAACAGAGCUUUUUUGGGA